CACCAUUUUCUUCUUCUUCUUUAUAAUCUCCAAAUUACAAACAAUCGAGAGAAAUCGUAGGGAACUUGAAAUUGUUCUUCAAUUUUCUCCUUCGGAUUUGUGUUUUUUGGUUAAUUUGUGCAGUUUGAUACUGCUGAUCCUGCGCCGUUUCCCUGGAAUGUUACCGGCAGAGCACAGAAGUGCUUUGAUGAUAAGUAUUUCGAGGUACAGGAGUGGUUUUUGAAGGAGAAAAGGUGAAUUGAAGAUUCGGUCGUAAUCGGGCUUGUAAUGGAUGGCGUGAAAAGCAACUUGAAGCUUACGAGAACUCAGUCGUCGUUACUUCGUUCGUCACCGACUUUCCGAUCGUCUUUUCAUAGUUUAUCGUCCGUUAACGAGGGAGAAAACUUUAUGGUCGGUCAUCAGGAGGAUGACGAUGAAGAGAAGCAGAGGCCUAAGAAGCCUCGUAGGUCGGGUUCAUCGCCGAGAACAGGAUCGAACCGAUUUGCGAACUGUGUUGUUGCUGUUGCUUUGCUUCUUUGCUUCAUCUUCUUCUCGUUGCUCUUCGUUUUCUUCUUUCUGAGGAAGGAUGGGCUACUCCCGUCUGAAAAUUUGUUGUUGGCUCUGAUUUUUGUUGCUAUUACGCUUGUGUUUAUGAGCAAGAAUAAGCGGUUAAUUUCACAGAUUCUUUCGUUUAUCAAGCAUUCAUUGCACGAAAAUGCGAACAGAUUCUGUUUCUCCAGAACGGAUUCGACUCCGAUCCAAUGGUACAUUGGGGAUUCGAACGAUGCCGAAGACGACGCCGUAAAACAGAGGGAAAUUAUCAGAGAGGGCGUAGAGUACUAUAGCAAUGGCGAUUUCUACGAGGGAGAGUUUUACAAUGGGAGUUGUAAUGGAAGUGGGGUUUACAACUAUUUCCUAAGUGGGAGAUACGAAGGAGAUUGGGUCGAUGGGAGGUACGAUGGCUAUGGCGUCGAGAGCUGGGCGAAGGGGAGUCGUUACAGGGGCCAGUAUCGACAGGGUCUUAGACAUGGAUUUGGAGUAUAUAAGUUCUACACGGGGGAUUCCUGUGCCGGUGAGUGGUGUAAUGGCCAAAGCCAUGGCGUUGGACUUCAGACUUGCGCUGAUGGUAGCUGCUAUGUUGGCGAGUUCAAGCGCGGCGUUAAGCAUGGUCUUGGAUGUUACUACUUCAGAAAUGGAGAUAGAUACGCUGGAGAAUACUUCGGGGACAAAGUACAUGGUUUCGGAAUCUACCAUUUUGCAAACGGCCAUUGUUAUGAAGGAUCAUGGCAUGAAGGUCAUAGGCAAGGCUACGGCAAGUAUGCUUUUCGAAACGGCCAAGCCAAAUGCGGCGAGUGGGAUGCUAGCAACCUCAAGCAUCCUCUCCCGCCGCUAAGUGAUGCCGUUCUCCAAGCUGUUCAGGCAUCUAGAAAGGCAGCAGAGAAUGCUAUAAAUCUUCCCCGGAUGGAUGAACAAGUGAGUAAAGCCGUGGUUGCUGCUAAUAGAGCGGCCAAUGCGGCCAGAGUGGCCGCCAUCAAAGCCGUUCAGAAUCGAAUGGACGGUAAAUUUUGCGGUUCAGAUAUGUAAGGUUUGCUAACUUUUAUAGAACAGCCAUAAAAACAAAAACCCUGGUGGCUAAAAACCCACCGGAGGUGUUUUUAAGUUCCUAUCAGUAUCAUUACACUGCAACUUGUACACACAAUGUAUAUUAUAUUAAUGAAAUACACCACUUUAUCUA